CGGUAUGCCUAGUAUCCUACACUAACUCAAUCUCUUGUAAUUUUGGUUUUUUGGUGCUAUGAGAUCUUUGUUUUAAAAGUAAGUAUUAUUAGUGAAGAAUUAUACAUUUCUUUAAUUUUGACCUUCUUUUGAUGACCAUUGGUUUCCAAGAGGAAUUCGUUCUUCAUGAAGAUUCAUGAAAUUCCCAGGUCUGAAGCAAAUACUGUAAAAGGAAAAAAGCAUAUAUCAACAGGAUUUGGAAUUGAAUCUGAUUCUUCCUUGCUGAAUGAUUCUUCCAUCCAAAAUAGUAGUGUGCAGCCAUCAAGUCGCAAACCACUAUCCGAUGAUUUUAAUGAGCCAUUAUUGACAAAUAUACCUUCUGAGUCAUUUUGCGAACCGGAAAAGCGUGGGAGGAGCUUUGCAAGGAAUCCUUGUUCCUCAGGGAAGGGACCAAAUGGGGAUAAUGAUCAAGGUGAUGCUUAUGCGCUUGAAAAUGAAAACCUUUCAAUUCAACCUUCUUGCCUAGAAAACCAAUUAGAUAAGUUUGAUGUCUCUGAAGGUCAUAAGCAGGGACUGCCCAAGACGAAAAUCCAAAAAGAGAAGCGAAAAGCAGGAAGACCGAAAAAGUUGUCUUACGUAGCAGAGGAUAUACUCUCAGAAGGGCUUUCUCAUAAACGGAGGCGUGGUCGGCCAAGAGGUUGGAGAAAGCAUCCUGAAAGAGAUGUCUGUCUGGAAAUGAUUGAUGCUCCUGUUGAAAAACAUAACCCAAAGAGUGUUUUUGAAGCAGUUGUCGUACCUUUAAAUUCCGUUAAAAAUUCUUUAAAACAGGAAAUUGCAAAUGAGCCAAAUGAUAGAACCUGGGAUUUUGAACACCAUUCAGGCAUGAACACCGACGUGAACAUGCAAGAUGGCGAACUGGAAGAUUCCGUUCCCGGAUUGACAUUUGAUUCUAGCAUAGGCCCUUCUUCGUGUGACUUACCUAACAAUAAUGAAUCAUUGAAUGUUACUAAGUCCGAUCCAGACUCUGAUACCAACUUCAGUUUUUCCGAUGAUGAUUUCGCUGUAUUAGAUAAAAUUGAGCAUGAGUUUGAAAUACAUGAUACGGAUCAGCCCAAGAGUACUUCUCCUUCUAGUUCACCCUCCCAUAGGAUUACUUUGUGUGAAAAUAAUGAAGCUCUACCUCAGAAGAGUGUCACAGAAAUAAAGGAAAUACAGAAAAAUAAUACUCUUAAUAGUCGGAAAGAGAACAAUAACAUUUUUCAAUCUAGCAGCAAAGCAAAAGCACACCAUGCCGGGAUGCGUUUUCAUGUACGGCCGACAUUUAAUGGUCGAAGCAACCUUGAGGCUAAAUCCAUUGGAAAGCCUUCUAAUUUUAAAUAUCCUUCUUUUCUGAAAAGUUCAAGGAACAACGAAAAUACAUCAAGUGCGAGAAAUAAGCCCCUUGUUCGCAGCCCUUUUGCUCAAAACAAUUCUGGUGAUCGAAUCAAACAAACCCUUUCAAAACCAUUUCGACCUCCUCUGAAAAAAGAUGCACUACAUAAUAUUAUUGAGGAAGGAACAGAACCAGAAUCUGGUCCUAGGAGUUCAAGAAUGAUGCAUCUUGAUGACGCUAAUUUAACUAAUGAUGGUCAUUCUUCUGUAGUCAGUAGAUUGCAAUCAGAAGUCUCCAAUUUACAGGACCAAGUAUCCAUAGUUGAGUUAGCCUAUGAUCUUGAAAAUACCCAGGAAGACGAAGUGAAGUUGUACGAAAAUAUACAAAGAUGGAGAAGGUCGGCUCAGUUAGCCGUUGAAGUCCUUUUCCCUGUAUUUUCGUUAAAGUUUACAACAAUGCUGCAGGAAGUGCCAGAAUCUGUUUUGCCAAGUGUUGUUGAUGAUCUUCGUUCAAAACCAUGUAACAUUGGGACGUAUCUUGAACAACUGAAUAUCCCUUUUUCUUUAUUAAACUAUAAUCCGGAAAACGAUUCUUGGGGAGAUGAAACUUAAAUACCUUUUUUUGGAAUGAUUUUUUAUGUAUAAUGUGUUCUAGGUAAUGAAAUGAUUAAUCAAUUCGGUACUAUCUGAA